AUGUUUCGUUCUAGUCCCGUAUCGGGAAGCAGGUACGUGUCUCAAGUCCGGCCCGAGCCGCGCGCCGGAAAGGACGGCGGCAGCGACAUCGACGAAGGCGAUUCCGUCCACGACGAAGCUUCAUCGCUGCUUCGCUCGGACGCGAGACCGUUUCCUACGUCCGUCGGUGCUGCCGGGGGCAUCUUCGGCGGGUCUUACGGCGGCGGCGGCGGGGGCGGGUUUAGGAAGGGGAAUCGGAGGCUAAGGACGCUGGCGGCGUGCGCAGCGCUGGUGGUGGCGGCGCUGGUGCUGGCGGCGUGCGCGGUGGUCGACGUGGCGGACGCGUGGCUGGGAUUCGGAGGGACGCGACGGGCGGCGGGACUGGAGCGAUGCGUGCCGCAGGACAUCCCAGGUAGAUGCAAGGGGAGUGGUGGGGAACGGUGGGGAGGGGUGGAGAAUGGUAGGGUGGGGAACGUGCGACUGGCGGCGGGACUGGAGCGAUGCGUCCCGCAGGACAUCCCAGGCAGAUGCAAGGGGAACUGUGGGGAUCGGUGGGGAAUGGUGGGGAAUGGUGGGUGGAGGGAGGUGAAGGUGGGGUGCUGCUGCUGCCACCGGCACAUGACUCGUGCGCCUCUUGCUCACUCAUACACCCUCCCCUCUAUGCCAGUGCCAUCACUGGCAGAGAUGACAGUGGAGGGAGGAGAAGGUGGGGUGGAUGAUGCAGAUAAACGAGCGAGUAGGGGCGAGGCGAUGACUCUUGCCCUCGUUGGGGUAAUGCCAUUACUGGCGGAGAUGACAGUGGAGGAGAAGGUGGGGCAGAUGAUGCAGAUAGACGAGCGAGCGCUGGGAUAUGGAGACAACAUCACAGUUUACCAUAUCGGAUCAGUUCUUAGGCGUGCUUUUCUUGUUGGGGCGGUGCUCAUUUCCCGUAUUCCUCCUCUUCCCCAUCCCUCCUUCCCCGCGUUGUUUUCUUCCCCCCCGCCCUCGCCCUCCUCCCCUUAUAUUCCUUCCAUCUGUGGGGGAGGGGCAUGGCUGCAGUACGCCCCCAACACCCCCACGGCAUGGGCAGACAUGGUCGACAACUUCCAGGCCAAGUCUUCCCCUCCUGCCCGUGCUUUGCCUCCCGUGCUUUGCCUCCCGUGCUUUGCUGUGUCAUAUGCCAGUGGGGGAGGGGCAUGGCCCCAAUACGCACCCAACACCCCAAGAGCAUGGGCGGACAUGGUUGAUAACUUCCAGGCGAAAGCACUCAACACGAGGCUGCGGUUGCCAGUGCUGUACGGGGUAGACGCGGUGCACGGGCACAACAACGUGCAGGGGGCGACUAUUUUCCCACACCACGUGGGGCUGGGGGCGGGUGGGGAUGCCACGCUUGUAGAGGCGAUUGCUGCCGCUGUGGCAAAGGAAGUGGCAGCGACGGGGGUGCGGUGGACGUUCGCCCCGGCAGUCACGGUGUGCCUCGACCCCCGCUGGGGCCGCUGCUACGAGAGCUAUGGGGCGAACCCAGGGCUUGUAACAGAGCUUGCUAUAGCGGAGAUACGUGGAUGGAUGGCUGGGAACUUUCCAGGAAGCGUCUUCAUGGCGCCAACAGCAAAGCACUACGUGGGGGAUGGGGGCACGAGGGGAGGUGUGGACCGGGGGGAGACGGUAGGGGGGGAGGCGGUACUGAGGAAGGUGCAUCUGCUGCCGUACGUGGCGGCUGUAGCGGAGGGCGUGUCUACCAUAAUGGCGAGCUACAGCAGCUGGAACGGCACCAAGAUGCACGGCAAUGGCUACCUCUUGACGGACGUGCUGCGCAAGGAGCUCGGCUUUGUGGGCCUCAUGGUGUCUGACUGGGAGGCGCUCAAGGAGCUUCCAGGAAGCUACGAGGACCAAGUAGGUCUCAAUGUGAUCAAGGUUUCCAACAAUUUUGCUCAUUUCCCCUUCCACUCUUCCUCUCCCUCCUAUACGUUCCCUCCGUUUCACUCCCUCAAUCAUCUCCAGGUUGCCCUGGGGGUUACCCUGGGGGUCAACUCGGGACUCGAUAUGAUCAUGGUUCCAAACGACUUCGCCAAUUUCUCGACCACCCUCACCUCUCUAGUCAACUCGGGGCGCGUUCCCAUGUCACGAAUCGACGAGGCCGUGUCGCGCGUUCUCUCGCUUAAACACUCCCUAGGUCUGUUUGACAAGGACUUGGUCUGUGCGCGCCACUCCUCCUCCUUCUUCUCCUCCUCUUCCUCCUCGCUCUCCUCACGCUUCCUCCCAUUUUUUGGCUGCCCGGAGCACCGCCAACUUGCCCGAAAAGCUGUAGCGGCCUCGCUGGUGCUUCUACAGGACAAGUGGAGGAGAGGGGGGACCGGAAGCGGGUAUAACGCUGCCGUCUGGGGCCGGGGCAGGAAGAAAAUGUUUCCGCUGCCCGUGGAGGGGGCGAAAAUCGUUGUUGCGGGCAGCCAUGCAAACGACAUUGGGAGGCAGUGUGGCGGAUGGACUAUCACAUGGCAGGGGGAAGAGGGACCUAUCACCAAAGGCACUACUAUUUGGCAAGGGAUUAAAGACCUAAUUGCCGGCCGGGCGGCGAGCCUAACCUAUAUCGGCUACCCGCCAGAAGACGACCGUUACGAGAACGGGACGAGAAAAAGGCCGCUCGAAGCCACCCGGGAGGCGGCAGCAGCGUGGGCGAAGCGAGCAAGGAGUGUAGAAGCUGACCUUGGGAUUAUAGUUGUAGGGGAGCCGCCUUAUGCCGAGUACAAGGGGGAUGAUCAGCAGCUGGAGUUGAGCGGCCCUGCCCGGUCGACAAUUUUCGGGAUUUGCGGGCGGAUUCCGUGCGUUGUGGUGGUGGUUUCCGGGCGGCCGCUGAAUGUUACGGGCAUGUUACCGCAUUUGGAUGCGCUAAUAGCCGCGUGGUUACCCGGGUCGGAAGGAGGGGGUGUAGCCGACGUGUUAUUUGACGAAGCGGUGGAUUUCAAGGGGAAAUUACCCUUGCCGUGGUUCCGUUCGGUCAGGGAUUUGCAGCCGGAUCACUCUUGGCCUAACCCGCCUCUGUUCCCCAUGGGGUUUGGGCUGAGUAAGGCUGGUGAGCUGAUUGGUAACAGGGUGGGAGGCGAGGGGCCACCAUAG